AUGAUUAAUUAUUAAAACAUAAAUCUUGAAAUUUCUAAAUAUCAAAUUAUGGUAAUUGGAGAUAAUCUUGAUGGAAAAUCUUCUGUAAUAAAAGGAUUACUUAGGUAGAAAGAGUUUAGUUAAUCUGCUUUCUAGCUGCCCUUCUAAAAUUUACCCAAAGAGCUUACUGUCAAUAAAAAAAAAGUGAAUUUGCACCUUUGGGAUAUAAACACAAAUUUUUAGUUGCAAGAACACUUUUCUCUUAUAAAAUAAACUAUCCAACUACAAUAGGGAUUCAUUUUGGUUUUUGAUGUCAAUAAUGAGGAAUCGCUCAGAAACCUUACUAAAUGGUAUAGGAUUAUACUAGAGACAACCCUCUUAGAAGACAUUAAUCCUAAGAUUUAUUUGUUAUCUACAGAUUGCUACCAUUAUAAUAAUGGAUAUAAAACUCUUUCCAAACGAGACAUAGAUGAAUGGAUUGAAGACAACGAAGUCACUAAAUAUAUUGAGAUAUAAAGAGAUAUCAUCUACAACAUGAACUAUCCGUAUUUUAAAAAAUUAUUGACCAGUAUUUUAAACCAUAUCUCUAUUUAUGGAGAAAAUUGA